GAAGACGAAAAAGGCGGAAGUCCGCAAAGGAAGACGGUCAAGGCGCCUUGCGGACAAGGUUUCAUCGCGAAAAUACGACCUUAAAAUGCUGCCUACCAAAGACUUUGUAAGGCAGAGACUGAUGGUGGCUGCCGAUGAAAUAUUCGGCAUGUUUGAAGGAACGAUCGCGUCGUACGAGGAGGAACUUACUCGAUUACGGGGGGAGAAUGAGCGGCAACGACAACAACUGGAAGCUGUUAGCAAGAGUCCAAAUGUUGUCCACGUCCAAGGUGUCCAGCAGCCGACUGGUCUCCAAGAAGAACGUCCCACUACCCAGUACUCCCACGUUAAAGACGAGGAGGAUCCCCAACCCCCCCACGUUAAAGAGGAAGAGGAGGAGCUCUGGAUCACUCAGGAGAGGGAGUGUCUUCUAGGCUCGGACGAGGCUGAUCUCUCCAAGCUGCCGCUGACCGUUGUCUCUGUGAAGACCGAAGACCGUGAGGACAAACCACUCGAGUCCUCACGGCUUCAUCACAGUCCGGGUGAGGAGAACAGAGGGGCGGAGCCUCCAGAAGCUGAUGGAGACCACCGUAGAGGAUCACUAGCUGACAACCUCUUAGCUCCGUUAUCAGACAGUGACGAGGAUGAAGACGGGGACGACACCCGAGAAUCCGCGAGCAGCGAUACAGACUGUGACGGUGAUACGAGGACUCGCGCUGGCAACAAACGCUCUGAAUGCUCUAAAAGGAAGACGGGGAAGAAAGAUUUGACCUGCUCGGUUUGCGAUAAAAGCUUUUCUAAAAAGCGCUAUUUGACUCGGCACAUCAGGACGCACACGGGAGAAAAAACCUUUGGUUGUUCAGUUUGCGGUCAAAGAUUCUCUCAGCAGACACACGCGCUCUCGCACAUGAGAACGCACACGGGAGAAAAACCUUUUAGUUGCUCAGUUUGCGGCGACAAAUUUGUGCAGAGUUCCACCUUGACGAGACACAUGAGAACGCACACGGGAGAAAAACCUUUUAGUUGCUCAGUGUGUGGCGACACCUUCGCUCAGAGGAACAGUUUGAAUAGACACAUAAGAACGCACACCGGAGAAAAACCCUUUUGUUGCUCCUUCUGCGGGAAAAACUUUUCCUGCAAGAACAACAUGAACGUGCACGUGAGAACGCACACGGUGGAAAAACCUUUCAGCUGUUCAGUUUGUGGGGAACGGUUCUCCCAAAAGUCAAACAUGGUGAAACAUGUGCGAACGCACACGGGGGAAAAGCCUUUCGCUUGUCCCGUUUGCGGAGAGCGCUUCUCUCAGAAGUCCAACAUGGUGAAGCACAUGCGGACGCACACGGGGGAAAAGCCUUUCACUUGUUCGGUCUGCGGCGAAAGAUUCUCUCAGAAGUCCAACAUGGUGAAACACGCCAGAACGCACACAGAAGAGAAAACAUAUUCCUGUUCUUUUUGCGCCAAGGCCUUCACUCAGCGCGAUACUUUGGUGGAACACAUGCACAAUCACACUGGAUAAGGAAAUGUUUCAUCCUGAUCCAUUACAUUUCAUCCCCAGUUAGCUCCUAAUUAAUCGCCGAUAGAAACACGUUUUCAUCUGUAAUAAUUGGUGGUAAACAAUGCUAUACGCAACUCCAACCAUAACUCCAUCAAAUUGUAUUGAAGGGAUAUCACAUUUGGAAAUGUGGGCCAUUAUUUUGUUCCAAAAAUAUAAUAUACAGUUAGAAAUCCCACCUUUUUUUGCAUGUUUAGUGCAAGUGCCGAUUUGUCCCACUUUGUUGGACAGUCCUUGAACGCACCUUCAGGGCUAAUGUGCAUAUUGGUGUGGUACACCUCUCUGAACAACAAACUCCAGGCUAGUGGAUGCUUUCUCCAUAUUCAUUCUGUUAAUUUGAUGUUGUUCCUGUCAGUUUUACACAAUACGUAGUACACAAGAUCAGUUUAUGGCUAUAAUAUUUUAUGGUUUGCUGAUGUGUUGAAAAUCUUUCCCGGUGACGAGCUAGCACGCUGCUAAUGCUAUUUACACUCAUUCUCCUCCUGAGACACCAAAAAACCCACACUGGAGAAAAACCUUUUUGUUGCUCAGUUUACAGUAGAAGUUGGUAAGAAAAGUAUUGACAGCCCACAGCCCACACA